ACAGAGAAUAAAGGAAAAAUUGAAAUGUAAUUACUCUAAACAUUAAGGGAUUUUAUUCUGAACGUGUGUGUCUGUUUAGUUAUAUAUUAUGUAAAUGAAAUGAUUUUAAUUCUUUCACUGGAUAGAGUUCACGUGUAACGGGCAAAAAUGCUGAGGAGAUGUAGUAGUAAAAGUUGUGAGUUCACUUUUCUCCAAAUGGAGAAUGGAAUAAUACCGUUACGACACGGAAGUUUACCUGGUGCUUUGCGAUUGCCUAAAAGAUAUGAAAAAUUCUCAAAAGACGAAAUGUCACCUGGUUUGUCGUCUGCUUCAAAACGGAAGUCAUCGAUCAUCAUUGAGCACGAGGAGACAGAAGAUGAACGAAUGAGGGAUAUGAUGCAAGCCAUUAUGUGGGUGAAACAAGAGCUCAUACUGUUGAGACAACAUGAUAUUUUACUUAAAAGACAAUUCUGUGAUAUUCAAGACACAAUCCAUUCAUUGACCAAAUCCAGGAAAUACAGAAAAAGUCCCGCGACAGACUCCACUACAAGUCUACAAUCAACUGAAGGCAGUGAAUUUGGGCUAGACAAUUAUUCAGUGCGAUCAGCAUCAAGUGUCACAGCAUUGGACGGUACCGACACAGAGGAAGAAGAUGACGCUUUUCGUCCACGGACAUGUUCUAUGAAAACAACGCGAGAUCUUGCAGCUCUUGCGAGAAGAAGGGGGAGCAAGGAAUUGAUAUGAAAGUGCAAAAAAGUUGUUGGCGUUAUCUAAAUAUCAAAGUGCUGCUUUUGUGUGUAUAACAUAAGGAAAUGGUGUUCAAUAUAGAUGUCUGCGUAAUACAAACAGAACCUAGUCAGGGUAAAAUAGAAUUAUCGCUACCCAAACUGUCAGAUAGCAUUCAUGUUUUUAAGUUAUAAUUAACAAUAACUGAUACAUUGCUGUAAUUUUAACAUAAACACGAAAUAUAUCUUUAUAUACUCUGCCAUAACAGUUACAUUAUACUUUACAUAAAUGUUUUUCUGCUUUAAAAUUAUAAGUGUUAACGGACCUUUUAAUGACAAAGAGGUUAAAAAGGUAUAUGCUAAUCAUCCGACAUAGUGUGUACAAUGUAAUGUAACAUCUGGUCAUUGUUAACUAGCCUAUUACUUUACAUAAAUCUUUAUUAAAAUAAGCUUUAGACUUGCUUGGAGUCUACCACUUAUAUUGCUUCGAGUAUCAUGCCAUUUAUAAAUCAUCGAAGACAAAUUGUAUUGUAUUACAAAUUAUUUUGAUUAUGGCGUUAUGUUUGAUUAGGUCAAUACAUAUUUUCAUUGAAAUACGUACAGGCAAAAUAAAGUCUUUCCGUUACAAAAUAUAUCCAUUAUCCAAACGUACGAUUUUCAUAUCCAUUUUCAAUACAGGUGAUAAGCAUUUAGAUAUUAUUGUACAAGAAAGUUUGUAAAUAUGUGGUAAAAUCUACUACAUGUAGUUAUAAGUGAUACAACAAAUUUCCCAUGAUGCAAAAGAUGAUAGUAUGGCAUUCAAAUGUUUUAUUACAUCAUGAACGUUAUUUUGGGUGCAAGAUCACGGAUUUUGAUCAGAUUUCAGCGCAAGUUAUCAUGAAAUGCAGGAUGCAUUUAAAUAUAAAUAUAAUAUUAUAUUAUAUAGCAUAUCCUAAGAUCACACGUAAUAGAUUUCAAAAGAAAUAUUUUAAUAAAAAGUAAACAAUACAGGUAAAUGAAAUCGGGUUGAGUCUGUUCAUGAAGGACAAUGUAAAUGCAACAUAUACAUCGGCUUAACCCUUUAGUCCAACUUAUUGUACUACGCGAUGAGAUAUUGUGCUAUUUUUUGUCUGGGCAAUUUCCCCCAUCUAGAAGGGAGAUUGUGACCCACAACAAAAAUAAUCUCAGAAUCUAGCUUCGGCACGUCAAUAUAUUUUGAUUAAACCCUAACAACGUUAAAUAUUUUUAAUGAAGUUGUCCGUUUUUCAAUCUGGUGAAAGUAAUUCAUCAUCUUAAAAUAAUUUUCAAACAUGUACUGAUUUGAAUAGGGAAUAGGGUCAGACAUCAUGUAUGUGCUGGAGAUCUUGGCCACCAGUAGGGGAAAGAUUAAGCAGUGUUAAAACGCUGAUAAUAUUUAAAACAAUUCCUAGAAUAUACAUGUAUAACAACAUCGGGAUGGAUGAAUUACGGACGACACUGUUUAUUUUUUUAUUGUAAAGUAUCGUGUUGUAUCAACAAUAUUGUUUGUACGUAUAAUAUCAUAAUCUUUAUCUGAACAAAACUUUCAUGAAAAAUAAACAUGAGAUGGUAAUGAAAUAGUAUAAGUAGUCGGCCCUUAUUUUCAUUUAAAUAAACAAUUCUUUUUCGGAAAAUAUAAACUAAUUCUUGUAUUAUAGUAGAUGGGGCAUUGACUACUAUCAAAUAAUAGAAAGAUACCCUUGUUUUAUGGUAUGGUUACCUAAAUAAUCAGAACAGGUAACACAAAAAAGAGAGAAUAAAACUGUAAACCAACUAAAACAGGAAACAUCUUUUGGACUGUUUUCCUAUAAUUAUGUUUGAAUUUGACAAUAUUCCAAUUGAUUAAAUAUUUGUCGGUAGAAUUAGAUUAUACUUUAAUUAAUCUUUAGGCGGAAUAAGAUCUAAACCAUAGACAAAUAAAACCGUUUUUU